AUGACCUCACAGUCAAAAGAUGAUGCAGUUGCUGCCGUUAAUAUCAACUUCCAAGUCAAGAAUGGAACCAGCACCCUUCCGUUUCUGAGAGACUUCCGUCCUGGUCCUCUGGACGUCUACAGGAAGCAGGCUUCCUUUGAUUGGAAACAGAUGGCUCUCUUUCUGGACGGCGAGGACAUCUUGCAGUUCAAGCACAAGAUUUAUACAACCCUGGAAAAUGACCCUGCAUUUGCCCGUGGCUUUCACACCCCUUCUUUGGAGAAACAGCGAGAGAACACAUUCCGGCGGGCCCAGCACGUGAUGGUCUACAACUUCCUGACUGAAGAAGAGCUCUACGGCAACCCUCUGAAGUUCAAGGCUUACCUCGAGUCUCUGGGGAUGUAUGAUUGGACCGUCUCUGCCAAGCUGUCGCUCAAUAAUGAGAUGUUUGCUGGCACGAUUCUGAAUAUGGGCUCACAGAGACAUACAGAGAUCAUUGACAAGAAUAAAGCUUUACAGAAUUUCGGUUGCUUCAUUUUAACCGAACUGAGUCAUGGAAGUAACACUAAAAAUAUGAGGACCACGGCCACAUACGAUUCCAAGUCACAGGAGUUUGUCAUCAACACACCAGAUUUUGAAGCUACAAAGAUUUGGGUUGGUAACUUGGGCAAACAGGCAACUCAUGGAAUUUUGUACGCACAGCUGUAUACUGAGAAUGGGCAGUGCCAGGGACUGCAUACCUUUGUUGUCCCAGUUAGAGACCCCAAGACAUUGCUGGCUCUUCCAGGGGUCAUUGUUGGUGAUAUGGGCGAGAAAAUUGGCCUCAAUGGACUGGAUAACGGGUUUGUCGCCUUCAACCAGUUGAGAAUCCCCAGGGAGAAUUUGCUGGACAAGUUUGGUGAUGUGACACCAGCAGGACAGUACGUCACCUCGUACAAGGACCCCAACAAGAGGUUUGGAGCUUCUCUUGGGGCCUUGUCUGGAGGUCGUGUGGGAAUCACUGGGAUGGGAGUGGCUAACUUAAAGUUGUGUAUGACCAUCGCUGUGAGGUAUUCGGCAGUCCGGCGCCAGUUUGGUCCGACUGCAGAGGAAGAGAUACCUGUAAUUGAGUACCAGCUACAGCAAUGGCGACUGUUUCCAUACUUGUCUGCACUGUAUGCCCUUGAUGUGUUUUCCACAUCCUUCUUCAUGGACUUUGUACUGUUCAGAAUUGGGUCAAUGAUGGGAGACAACUCUCAGAAACAG